AUGGUCUGUUGUGCCUUAACCGGAUGCAAAUCAGAUGUUCUCAUUUGCCCACUCCGUCCCGUGGAACGUUUCCGUGACCUGCACCCUGAAGAAGUGGCUGAUUUAUUCUGCGUGACACAGCGGGUUGGGAACGUAGUAGAGCAACACUUUGGUGGAACUUCUCUCACCAUUGCAGUUCAGGAUGGUCCCGAAGCCGGGCAGACUGUGAAGCAUGUCCAUGUCCACGUACUUCCAAGGAAGACUGGCGAUUUCAGCCGAAAUGACAAUGUCUAUGAUGAGCUUCAGCAUCAUGACAAAGAGGAUUCCCCCGGCAAGUGGAGAUCUGAGGAAGAAAUGGCAGCGGAAGCCACAAUCCUCCAGAAGUACUUCCAGUGA